AUGAUCGAGUUCUGCCCCGCGAAUGGGGUCCGACUUGUCUUAUCAUACUAUGAGAUCUACAACGACAAGGUCUUUGACCUAUUCGAACUCCCCGAGACAUCAGCCCUCGGGCCUGCCCCUCCGCGGAAAAGAUGGCAAGACGAUUGUAGUGGGUCUGUCCGAACGCGCCUGCAAGGGUCAUCUAGGUAUAUCAAGGAGAGCCCUAUCAAGAAGGCGACCGUCGGGGACUACAGAACCAAGCUCAAGCUCAACUAUCAAGAGAGCUGCGAGGACGUCAAGACCAAGCCGAGCGUCAGAGGCCACGACCCCAGCUUGACUGUCAUCUUAGAGGAGAUCCCCUCCGGUGCGCUGAUCUGGGGGACGAUUGAGGAUCUGUACGACUGGUUUCGGAUAGGACGGCUCGGGCAACACGGCUGUACGGAACAACGACGAGAAGGCCUUCCACAAUCAAGAGUUGGACAGGACAGCGACGUCUGCAGCUACAACGAGAAUGACGUCUCCGUCAACGACAAGAGCAGCUGCGACCAUUGUGAGAGCCUCUCCAAGGCCAAGACUAAGCACAACUCGAACAUGGACCUUCAUGCCGUCGACCUUGUGCAUGAAGAUGCCCCUGAACGACUGGAGGCUCGUCACGUCGCCGACGUCGUGGUCCGUGUGACUGACCUAGGAACGUUGCCGUGUCCCCGCAUCUUUCCGAGACACGUUGGACAUGCGUCGGUUCUUCAAGACGUCGCCGACGAACGUGUACUCGUGCGAGACGGCCGCGAUCAAUCCAGGUAUGAAUUCGCAGGUCGCAGCCUCGUUCCUGACGAUGUUCUCGCUUUUGACCACGUUCUCGCUGAUGCCUCUCGUCCUGACCUUGACGCUCUUCCAGGAGCACUCUCUCCGCGAAGCGCCUCGACAUCACCUCCCCGAACUACCACUCACUUCAUGCUAUCCCAGGCGUUCCUCAACAUCUCUCCUUUGCGGCUGUGUGGCUGCGUGGCCUGCUUCCCGGACACGAACCUGUCCGCAUAA